UCAGACCGGUACCGACGGGACCGACGGAACCGGAGAGAGAGCGGAUCAGGAGGCUCGGUGUUCGGUUCCUGAGGAGGAGGUGACUCAGACUGCGGACAGAUAGGAGCAGCAGGAGCAGGAGGAGCAGAGGAGGAGGAGGUGUGAUCCUGCGGGACUCUCCGCCUCCUCCUCCCCGCGCAGGGAGCGCGCCGCGCGGCUCAGCAGAGGCGUGACGCGCCGGAACCGCAUCCAGGAUGGCAGGUCCUCCUGACGGGCCCUCCGUUCUCUGUACUGAGCUCUGAGUGGCGGCCCUUUGAGGACCAUGGACCCUGUGACCCUGCUGGGCCCCAGCUCCAGGACCGGGACCAGGACCGGGACCAGGACUGGGAUGGAGCCCAGGACCUCAGUGUGCAGAUGGACCCUCGGUGGGAUCCUGCUAGUGGCUGGCACGCUGGUUUCCAUGGUGACAUCCAGCUCAUCUGCUGCAGGUGUUCGGGACUUUAACAGGACAGCCGAGUCUCCAUCACAUCCUUUGUUACCCUCCCCCUCUCCCCCCUCCGGCCCCCAGGCCCCCAGCCCACUAUCAGACCCUGGUUACCAUGGUAACAGCGGAGGCUCGGCUGAGGACUCGGACUCUGGUGCUCAGGGGAUCCACCUCUUGCUGAGACCGCCAGACCUCCUGUCCCCAAGCCUCCCACCACCCCUGCCCCCCCACACCCAGCCCACCCUCACCCCUCCUCCCCCCUGGGAGCAGGGCCCCUCUCUGGAGGAGGCCUGGGGUUCCGGGGACUACCUGGAGACGCUGUCCUUCAUGGUGCCCGACGGCGAGGAGCUGGCCCUCGCUACGCCUCUGCCCAACCAUCCCUUCGAGCAGGACGCUGGCGGGGACUGGGUCUCCUACGACACCGCCUUCCCAACCCGCCCCACCGUCCCCCUCUCCUCCCGCCUCCCCUCCCCCUCCUCCUCCACCCUGGGCAUCUCCCCACACACCCGCCCCGCCCACUCAGACGUCUUCCCCAGCUGGGACGAGGACUAUGACCUGGAGGACAUGAUGCCGCUGGAGCCCACCGAGCUGCUGCUGCCCGACAUGAAUAGCAUGGAGUAUUACACCAACCUGCUGGCCCGCCAGAGGGAGAGGGAGGAGCGCGAGAGGGAGGAGCGGGAGAGGGAGGAACGCGAGAGGGAGGAGCGGGAGAGGGAGGAGCGCGAGAGGGACCAGGACCAGGACCAGGACUGGGUCAGUCAGACCGACUCCAAACCCCCAAUCACACCCACAACAACUCAAACCCACCUCCCCCCUUCGCCCCCGUCCCCGAGCUCCGGUCCUCCUGCAGAGCGGGAGCCCAAACGUCCCCCAGAAGGGCCCACCCCUCCCCUCACCCUCUCCCCCACUCUCACAGGUGAGGAGAGACCCCCUCCCCGUCCACCACCUCAAGACUUCCUCCUGCUCCAAAGCCCAGAGACCACAACGAAGACCACCAACACCACCACCAAGGCGACGACCACGACCGGGCAGGUGCCUCCCCCGCCCCCGCUGGGACCACCCACCCGUCCUGACAGAUCGGAGAGGCCUGCAGUGGUCACAGAGAAGCCAGUGAAGGCUCCGCCCACCAAGACCACCAACACCACCACCAAGGCGACGACCACGACCACCCCCGUCACCACCACCACCACCCAGAUCACCGCCAUCAGCCUGACCAGAGCGCCCCCCGUCACCACGCCCAGAGUGGCCCAGACCCCGCCCACCAGACAGUACCUGUGCAACGUCACCAAACCUGAGAUGUACCUGGUCAGAGUCGUGAGUUCAAAAGGGUCAUCAGCAGGUUUCACUCAAGUCAGAGAUCUUCUGAGGAGAGACUUCAACCGAUCUGUGGAGCUGCAGUUCUUGAGGACGCCGUCCAGUUUUGCUUUUCGUGUCGUGUCCGGACCGUUGAUCUUCACCGCCAUGUCCGUCAUCAACGCCCUCCGCCAGGCACCCCGCGGCUCCGGCCCCAUUCCCACCGUGUCGCCGCUCUACACCGUACCUGACCUCAGGUACCAGAUCCACUCCGUGCUGCAGUUUGUCCCAGCCCACGUCGAUGUCAGAGUGUGUAACUUCAGCGAACGCGUCGAGAGAGGACUGAUGAUGGCGUACACCGAGACCCGGAGACGAUCGCACGAGGCCGGAAAUGUCACCGUACAGCUGCUGAACAUCACCAUGGGGAUGCGGACAGCGGUAGCAGCUGUGGCAGCGGCUGAGGCGGCGGCGGUGACGACGGAGCAGAAGGUUUCUGUCGACAUCAUCUUUGCGGUGCGUGAUGGGCGGGACUUCCUGCUGGGGUCUGAGGCCAGUGAACACCUGAGGAAGCUCAGCCUGGUGGAGUUCAGCUUCUACGUGGGAUACCCCGCCCUGCAGAUCGCAGAGCCGUUCCAUUACCCGGAGCUGAACACAUCUCACCACCUGCGCUCCACCUGGGUCCGUACAGUCCUGUUGGGGGUUCAGGAUCAGCUGGUGGCUGAGAGGAGUUUUAAAGCUCGUUUGGAGAGACGUCUGGCUCUGCUGCUGGAAGAGGGCCUGCAGGCCACCAGCAGGAGGCGCUGGAGGAGAGCGACAGCCGUUGCCAACAACAGUCUGCAGGUGGUUCGGGUGGCAAGGCUGUCGGGCGUGGAGCGUCCCUUGGAGGUCUUCUAUUUCGUGGAGGGUCCAGGUGGAGAGCGGAUACCUGCCGAGGCCACGGCGGUCACCCUGAACCGUCUGGACCUCCAGAGGGCCGCCAUCGUACUUGGACACCGAGUCCAGAGACCGCUCGCCCAACCGGUGGAGACGCUGUCCGUCCCCCCGGCGGAGACUCAGAGCAGCAGUAUCUGGCUGAUCGUGGGCGUGGUCGUCCCCGUUCUGCUGGCCGUCUUCAUCAUCAUCAUCCUCUACUGGAAGCUGUGCGGCUCCGAGAAGCUCGAGUUCCAGCCGGACGCCAUCAACACCAUCCAGCAGAGACAGAAGCUGCAGGCUCCCAGCGUCAAAGGCUUCGACUUCGCCAAGCUGCACCUCGGCCAACACAGCAAGGAUGACAUCAUGGUGAUCCAGGAGCCUGGGCAGCUACCCGCCCCCGUGAAAGAGGCCACGCCCUCUGAUGGCGGCGACCUCAACACGCCCAAAUCUAAAGGCUCGUCCACCAAGGCGGCACGCUCCAGCCGCCGCCGGGGCAGGCUCAGCCCGUCAGAUGGCGACUCGUUAGGCAGCGACCAAUCAAGUGGCAGAGAAUCAGCAGAGGAGAGCACCCGACCUGUGGCCACGCCCAGUGACGGGAAACAGCACAGGAAGACGCCCAAAAAUGGGAGGAGCAAGAUGGGCAGUGCUCCGGACGAGCUCCUCUCCUCGUCCUCCAUCUUUGACCACGUGGACCGCCUCUCCCGCGGCUCCUCUGAUGGCACGCGGCGGCAGGCCAACAAGGUGCAGCUAAUCGCCAUGCAGCCGCGCCCAAGCCCACCGCCGCUGCACGCCCCGCCCCACCCGAGCCCCACGCUCACAGAGAAGGUCAGCACAGAGGUGGCGCUGAGGCACAAGUCGGAGAUUGAGCACCACAGGAACAAACUGCGGCAGCGCGCCAAGAGGCGGGGCCAGUGUGAGUUUCCCUCCAUGGACGACAUCAUGGAUGCGUUCGGAGACGGCCCAGUGCAGAGUGAGGUCGCACAGCGCCUCUACAGCUCCGCCCACGACCACAUGGACUGCAUCCUGCAGGCCGAUGCCCACUCCCCCCCGACCCCCAACGACUCCAGGAGGAGAGGGCGGCGCUCUCCCCGAGGUCGGCGGGCUCAGCCGGGACCUGGAAGUCUUCCUGACACAGACAGAGACCGACUGCUCACCGACCACAGCGCCACCUACAGGAAAUACCCUGGACUCAACAACGUGGCCUACAUGUCGGACCCCGACCUGCCCCCGGACCAUGGCAGCCCCUCCCCCACGGCAGGGCUUACCCCGCUUGCCCCGGCCCCGCCCCCCUACAUGCCCCCACAGCCCUCCAUCGAGGAGGCACGGCAGCAGAUGCACUCCCUCCUGGACGACGCCUUCGCCCUGGUGUCGCCAUCCUCGCAGGGCAGCGCCGGGGUAAGCGGGGUAAGCCCUGCCCUGCCCAGCCCCUCCCCCCAGGCCCGUCCCCCGGGCCGGCAGUGGGGGUCUUACCCAGCAGCCCCCUCCCAUAGCCCCUUCUCUGCAAGAUACGCAGAGCUGGGGAUGUCGCCUACGUCGGUCCAGGGUCUGCUGCAGAGGCAGGGCCUAAACUCAGGAGGGUAUGUUUCCACUGGAGACCAGCUGCAGGAGUCGGUUUACUCCAGCAGGGGGCAGUACGAGGACCCCCCCUCCUCGUCCAGACCACGACCUGUAGGGGGCAGCACAGGUGCACAGCUCCACCACCUGACCCAGGUGGGUUUGUCCAGUCAGAUUGGAGCUUACCCUGGGGUGGGUCGCAGCAUGUCCGGUCCGACAGGCUCCAGCUGGAACCAGCAGCACUCAGACCAGGACCUGUCCAGACCAGGAGCCAGCAGAGAGAGUGUGCUGUCGUUUCCUGAGUUCUCUUCCUCCUCUGUUUUCCAGAUGCCCAGCUCUUCGUUGCGGGACCCGUCAGCUCCACCUCUCCUCCUGACCUCACCGACUCCAGAGUACCCACCGGAGGAUGCCUCGCCCUCCGCCCACACCUCUGCCUCCCUCAUAAAGGCUAUCAGGGAGGAACUGCGACGUUUGGCCCAGAAACAGGCUGCGGUUACCAGCUACCCUUAGACUGGUCUGGACCUGUUUGGAUCAGGACUCAACUGGUUUCAGCUACACAGAGCCUGUAGAGACUGGAUUACAACCAUAAAUCUUACUGAUCCACACUCUGGACACUCUCGAGCUAAUCUUCGCUUGUGACACUGAACCCAAACUGACUCUGGACCACAAUCCAUAUCUGAGGAAAGACAGUGUCUCCUCAGUGAAAGACCUCCGGAACUUUACAGGGUCCCGUCCGUCUGUCCAUCAUCCUUCAGCUCAGUGUUUCAUUAAAUGGAAGUUUGAAUGUGAGUUUCUUCACGUUUUCAUUAAAGUGCUUCCUGGCAUGGAUCAUUUGAUGAUCAUCCAUCCCGGAGCGGACCGUCCUUCCUGACCCUCUCACAUGGAUUGUCCCUCCAAAGUGGACGGUCACUUCUGACCUUCUGGAGGAGAUGAUCCAUCUUGGAAUUCAGUUUGAGAUUCUCCUUUCGGGACUUUUGAAGCAGAUCACUGGACUGUCCUAUCUAGCGUUCUGACGUGGACUGUCCCUCCUGAACCUCUGGAAUGGAUCUUCAUCCCCUGAUGAUUUGGUGUGGAAUGGCUUAACUGAACUUCUGGAGUGGCAAUUUAUUCCCGAGAAUCUGAAGUGGAUCGUCUCUCCUGACCUUCCAGAAUGAAUGAUCCUUUCUGAGUUCGUGAGUAAACAGUACCUCCUGACCCUCUGGAGCUGAUCAUUUCAGAAGAUUGUCCCUCCUUGUCUGGAGCAGAUCAUCUCCUCUGACUGUCUGGGUGGAUCAUUCUUCCUGGAGUUCUGGAGUGGAUUUAAAAUCCUGAAGCCACUCAUCCCAUCAGACAAUCUGGAUGGAUCGUCCUUCCAGAUCUUCUGGACUCAGUUGUCCCAGAAGAUCAUCCUCUCUGGACUUCUGGAGUGGACUGUCCUUCCUGGACUUCUGGAGCGGAUGAACUUAUGCAGUGGACUAAUCCUUUUGAAAUCCUAAAGAGACUUGUCCCUUCUGAUAGUCUGGAUGGAUCAUCC